AUGAAAAGAGCAUUAGCUUUGCUUGAACAAACUAAGAAUACUAUGCCUCAUUUGCCUCGACCUGUCUCUGGCAAUGACUCUGAUUCAGAUGAUGACGGAAAUUAAAAUGCAAAAAAUAACAUACAGUACUAGAAAGGCACGAGGAGAAAUCCAUCUGCUUCAGGAAGAACUAGAAUCAACGAUUAGGCAUAGUCUAAAUUUGCAAUAAACAAUACAACUGAUAUUUCUAGUAGAAAGUCAACAGCAGUUUCUUCUACUACGCGUAUUGGUUCAUCUGGUAACGCAGCAAGUAACACUGCUCGAAAUAAUAAGAGGUAAUCCUUUGUUGGAGCUGGAACAUUCACUGCAACUGAUAUAAUCGAGAAAUAGUCUGUAUAUGAAUUGUCAUUGAAAUAAUCGUCAACAGCUGCAGGAAAAAAACCACCUCACAAAUUAAGGCCUCUUAACUCGAUUAAAAAUAUUGAUAAUAAAGCCAACUCUAUUUUGGAGAUAGAAAAUGCUUAUCAGAAGGAAAUGCUUCGUGAUAUUGAUGCUGAUCUUAAUGAUUACCUUGAUACGAAUCAGAUUUUAUCAUAGAUGCAAAAUGCUUUUGGAAGUGGAGCUUCAUCAGCUACUAAUUUAGGUCAAACAUAGUUAGCAAUAGCAGAAAAGAAAGAUAGUAAGUUAAAGUAAAAGCUAGGCAAGACAAUUGGAGGUUAAUUAGACCCAAUAUUAGAGGAAGCAGCUGGAUAAAUUAUUCCAUAUCAACCUAACAUGACCUUGUAAGAGUAGAGAGCUAAGAAAAAUGAGGCCCUAAAGAAUAAAGUGAAAAAGCUGACAGGCACAGGCUCAUCAACUUCACUUCCUUCAAUAACUAAUGGAAAUGGCUCCGAGAGUACAGGGGAUAAAGAUGCUGAGACUUUCAUCACAGGCACUAAGAUCGCAUAACAAUAAGUACCAGAGGAAGAUCAGCAUAUUCUAAGAGAGUAUGAAUCAUAAAUGGCAACAAGGAAAAAGAAGUACUAUAAAUAUGAGGAGGACGAGUUACUAGAUGACUUGGAUCAACAUGAACGAGAUAUGAAUGAAAUGCUUAAAUAUUUAUCAGAAGUUGAAGAACUCAUCAAGGGCUAAGAUUUAAAGUCAAUCUAAUAGAUGAUGGAUGUAACCAAGGAGACAAUGAAUUAGCACUUCUAGGCAUGUGAUAAAUUUAAAGGGCAGAUCUAAGAAAUUGACAAUCAAGCUGAGGAAGCUAUAAGAAUCCUUAACUUUUAUGAUAAUGAAGAUGGAGGAUCAAAGAGCAAAAAGGAUAAAAAAGAUAUGCAACUUGAAAGAGUCAUUGAGGAUAGAAGUGAUGACGAAGCAGAAGUUAUGAAUAAAAAAUAGAAACCAUCACACGAGUAGUCCAAGCACCAUAUAGUGAAUAAGUUAAAUGGAAUGAAUCAAUCAAUGAGAGAUUUUACCAGUUCACUUGAGUCAAGACUUGACAGAGCUUACAAAACAGGUGCAACAAAGAAGUUUGGAUACGAUGGUGUAAUUAAUGCUUCCCAGUAAGAUUCAUUUGAGGAAGGAAAGGAAGAAAGAAUCCUUAAUAAAAUGCACAAUUAAGCCUAGUAAUUCAUUGAAUAAAACAGUGCAUCUGCUCUUCUUAAAAGUUAGGCACCGAGUACAGCAUCUACUAUAGGCAGGAAAAAUAGUCAUUCAAGUUCAACUGCAAUGAGAGCACUACCACCAAGUGAGAAAAGAAAGGGCAGUGUGAAGAACACAAGGCCAAAGAAGAUAAAUGAUGACUUAAGCUGA